AGUCGAGGGGCCAAUUGAGCCUGACCUAAGCUUCAGAGCACGGUAAGUCGUUUCUCCACGUUGACAUCAGUCCUAAAUAUAUCCUACAGUUCAUAGCUUUAGGCCAACCAUGCAUCCCAUUCUCAUGCCGAUCUCUGGUAGUAUUGACAUUUGUUUGGGCUCAUUUACCGCUCGUUCAUUUCAUCUCGUCUCCUUCGAUUCAGUACUGGAGAUCAGCUCCUCAGUCUAGAAAUACAUUGCUCUCGGGAUCCACAUCCUAGUCAUUGUGUCAUCUUUCUAGUUCUGAUAUUUGACAAAGAGCCAUCCGCCACUCGUGACUUUGAAAGGUUUCACCAAAUCUGUCGAUCUGUAUCGAUGUCAAUGAGCAGCACAACUCAGAAUUUCAACGCUAUAGUCAUUAUAUAUAUAUAUAUAUAUCUAUUUUGUCUUUGGAUAAACAUGUUCUCAGAGGUUGUACAGUACAGCCAAUCAACAAUUGUGCCCCGCAAGGGUAUAGCACAGGAUCCUGUUCAACAAUUCCGGCAGAUAUAGAGAAGCAUACAAGCUUCUAACAGGUCAUAUCCUUCACGUGGCCUGCCAGUUAGGAAAUUUCAUGGCCCGCAUGGAGGUCAUAUUGAACGCAUUUCAAGAAAGCAGAAAGGGCCUAUUUUCUAAACUAGGGGAGUUUCUUCUGCAACAAAAACCCAGGAUUAUACCCUUGUUCAAUAGAGAAUUACGGGUAAUCAUUCCUAUCUAAACGAGCGAUUUAAACUCUUGGGUAUGUCCUGGUAAUGGCAAGCGGGAGCUUAACUCGAGCUUACACCUCGAAUAUGUUCGAUGCUACAGUCUCUCAGGUAUUACAGGGAAACCCCGGUGCUAGCAUCCUAAUACUAGGUUCAACCAGUUGCAGAAAAGACGUGGAUGGGGUAAGAGGCGGAUGCAUAAGCCUCGCAGCCUAAACGGUUGUAAGUCAUUGCCAAAUGCGUGACCUCAAGAUGACAGUCAUGCCAUGAUGUUACAUUCUGCCCUGUAGCUAUCAGGUACGGAGGAAUACUGUAUUGUUUGACGUGGUUAGCUUUUUUUUACAGACCAUUGUGACAGGUGAUAUUAACUAUGCGCAAGCCUGACAUGCGCUCACUUGUAUUCCAUUGGAUGGAUGCAAGAUCCAAAAGUCUUGUACAGCGGAUACUACCAGUCACAGGAAGAUGCUACUCUGAUGCUAUUACGCAAUUUGGGCUGGGAAACAACGCAGCACCUCCUGACUAUCGCAAGGGGGUUGUGAAAUGAGCAGGCAGAUCUUGUCCCGGAACCGAUCUAUUGGCUAUCGAAGCUGAGAUUAAACACUUGUUGCCGCUCCAUGCAAUCUUUUCGGCAAUCCAUUAAGCUUGCACUUGUCACUAUCACAUUUCAAGGAUCUGCGGCUAAUUCAGUCCGACUCUAGGUCACAAGUUUCCAGCAAGAGGCCAUACACAGCACUUUGAGGGCUCAGGGGUCAUUUAAUAUCUUCUCGGUUGGAAAAAAUACCUUCGGCGAAUGCCUAGAGUCUACAUCCAAGGACAAAGCUGCCGUUCUAGCGAGGUUAAAGA